AUGCCAUGGGGUGACGUGAAGCGGAAAGGAGCUUUUACUAUAACAAGCAAAAGGAACACAGGGAGGAAUUUUAUUGCUACCAUAAUUAAGGAGGAUGGGAUAUACACCACUUCUCAAAAUCAGGUUGCUCAGAAAUUUAUCCUAUUUUACCGCAAUUUGCUUGGCACAAGUUGCCCCGUUCAUCCCAUCAAGCUAGACAUUUUGAGGAAUGGGCCUUUGGUUUCGUUGGAACAAGGUAACUCACUUACUCGGGACAUUUCUAGCCAAGAAAUCAAGGAAGCACUCUUUGGCAUUAGAGAUGAUAAAUCUCCCAGGCCGGAUGGUCACACAUCUUAUUUUUUCAAGAAAUCUUGGGGGAUUAUUGGUGAUGAUGUUGUGGAGGAUAUCAAAGAAUUCUUCUCAUCUAGAUCGCUCCUCAAACAAAUCAAUCACACGAUCAUUACUUUGGUGCCGAAGUCUAAUCAUACAUCGAAUGUCGAGGAUUAUAGUCCUAUCUCUUGUUGCAAUGAAAUCUACAAUGUGAUCUCUAAGAUCCUUUCAUCUAGGUGGAGGCCUAUUUUGGAGACCAUUGUUGAUCCAGCACAAGCCGCUUUUAUUGAAGGUAGGAGUAUGGCGGAGAAUAUCCAUCUUGCCCAAGAACUUAUGAGACAAUUAAUAGAAAGAGAGUUGUUCCGAGAUGUCUUUUAA